ACAACACAUUUUCCCCAUGACGAAUUGGCAGGGGUGGAGAAGAAAUCUCUGACAAGAGUGUACGCAAUGUAAAUAAAACUUCCUUGUUUUGCGGGAGGUUAAUGUGAAUUUUCUUGUGCUUCGAAUGACAGUAGAUAACGGGAUAUUCGGAUAACGGAACGUAUAGAAAGUGGUAACGGACGUGGUUGAGUACAAAGCAUACAAGCAGAGUAGAGGAGGAGCAUGCUGACGGGACACAUUUGGCUAUUUCGGCGUGCAGUGUGUGAAAGAGCAUUUUAAAAAUGGAUGAAUCAUCGUCAUUGACCCUCACAAGCUCAAUAUUGAUAGCACUAUGUUUGGUGGUAUUUGGUUUGAUGUUAUAUCGCUAUUUUGGACAUCGCCAAGCCCUAUGGUCACGUUCAUACAAGGAAGAGAAAAUUGGACUGUCGGCCCACAAAUUGUUUAAGCCGAAUGGUUAUAUGAUUCAUUCUGGAUCCGAACUAUUACUCAGUUCGAGUGGAAGCUUUAAACGAUUUGAUACAGUGGACAAGGAAAGCUGUAAGAAUACACAACAUCAAAACUCGCCCAAACAUGCGACAACACCAAUAUGGAAUUUAUCCCAGAAUGAGGCGGAAAUUCCACCACAACCUUUGCGACCGGCUCCAGCACCGGUGCCCUCUCUUGUAUCAACACCUCCGCCUGUGCCGAACAAUGUGCCAAACAGCCAGCCGAAAAUAGUCACCUUCUCUCUACAACUAACCGAUGAAUGUCCAGCGGUAUCGAAUCUGGAACACAGUGACAUAUUUCGACCAUGUAGUAUAUUACACACAAAGCCCAAACGUAUGGGCUCAGUGGAAAUUCCAACAUUGGAAGCUCCUCCAAAGAUGAAACCGCUAGCGAAUCAUGUAACCAGCAAUGGCCAUAACGGUAGCAACCAUCAUGUACCAGCUACAGCUAUACCACGACCCGUGGUUAAAAAAUCAUCACCUCUACUAAACGGUUUUUCGCUGGAAGACAAUCCAAAUAGCUUUAUUGGCUCCGCAGCCGAAGACAAACUUUCGCCACGGACGCAAAACAACACAAAUCCUUUUCUAGAAACUUUAUCGAAUACAAAUUCCAACACUGCCUUAUCUAACCAUACUAUGACCAAUAAUAUACCUGAAGCAUCGAUUCCUGCUAAUCCCUUCAUUGAAACCAAAUAUGAGUCUACGCCCACAUUUAGACGGGACCAGAGUCGUUUUAAUGAUGGUCCAGCUGCCUUUACUUUUCGCAGUCGUUCAUUUUCGCAAACCGAGGUGCCCAGCGAUAAGGAGCCUCCGACGAUAUCUUUGAAGAAUUUGGCCAACGUGUUCCACAAUCCAACACAGAAUCUACCCAACCCGGGGAAUCCAUUUGCGCAUGUAGCUCGCAAAAUAAAGGGACCGCAUAUGUUGCAAAAAACGAUUUCGGAAGAUUUUCUUUUUCGCAAAUUCGGUUAUAGUGGAUUUGGUGGUGGUAGCGGUGGUGUUCAGCAAAAUGGAGGCAUCAAUGGUGCCACUGGUUCUUCAUGGAACUUUAGUCGUUUGUUGAUGCAGGAAGAUACACCAUUCGGUUUUUGGCGUCGCAAUAGCUCACAGACAUCAUUGAAUUCGGGAAGUAUGACUUCAUUGGAUGGUGGCAAUUUGGAACGCGCCAUUUCUUGUGAAUCUGUGGAUUCCGAUUAUGCAUCUAUGGAUUAUAACAAUGAUUUCGAUCAAUCAACAUAUACACAGAUCACAGGAUAUCUAUGUGUGGGGUUGCAUUAUGAUAAAAAUUCUAUAACACCACAGGGUAUCGAUUUGCAAGUUAACAUCAUAGAAGCUAAAGGACUAAUAUUACCAUUUAAGGUGAACGCUAUAGACACAUUUGUUCGAGUUUAUCUAGUGCCAGACCAAACUGGAUCUUUGCAAACAAAAGUUGUGGAGGAUUCUGAGACACCUACCUACAAUGAAUCACUCCAUUUCUGGCUGAGUAAACUCUAUCCGAAGCAUUCGUUAUGGUUUCACUUGUUUCACAACGGGGAUGCUCAUACAUUGAUAGGUGAGGCAGAAAUGGAAAUUGGGGAGUUGCCCAAGCCAAUAACAACAUGGAUACCACUGACAGACUCACGCAAAGUAAAUGCCCAAUGGGGUGAGAUAAUGUUCUCCCUUAGCUAUUUGCCGACAGCCGAACGUAUUACCAUAGUUGUGGUCAAGGCUCGCAAUCUACAGCUGAGGGUGCCGAGCAAAAGGAAUCCGGAUAUUAUGCACGACAUUCAAAAUAUAUUCGUCAAGGUCUAUCUCAUGAACAACGACAAGAAGGUUCUGAAGAAACGCACUUCACUGAAACGCAAGGAUCGCUGUCCGGUUUUCAAUGAAUUCGUUAUAUUCAGUCUCCCGCCACAAAGUCUGACAACAGCACAGAUACGCUUAACGGUGUAUGGUACAACGAAUGAUGAGGAUGAUUCGAGCGUAACACCCCUGGGUCAUGUCUUUGUCGGCAGCACUUGUUCCAGUUCAAAUGGCAAGGGUUUACGGCACUGGCAUCAGAUGUUAUCAUCCUUAAGGAAACCAGUGGCCAUGUGGCAUGUUCUGAGGCGGCGUGGAUCUACAAAUUCAAAGAAUAACACCAGUAGCACAGGUGACGGUGUUGGUGUUAUUCACAACAUCGCAGAUGCCAACAUUGUUGAUAUGCAGGCAGCAAAUGAUCGAAGUGCCAAAAGAAAUAGUGUGUUCUAAGAAGGCUAUUUUUAAUAAAUAGAUUCAUGAUGCCCGGUAAAUAUGGGUAAGAUGCAAUCCGUUAUUUUUAUCAGCUGAUAUGAAAUUUUAUUUUUAUUGGUAAUCAACCAAUAAAUUCAAAUCAUCUGUUAGUAAUAAAUCCCUGCGUUACCUAUGGAAAAGAGUAGAGCAAGAAAUCAACAACGAUUCUUGUAGAGAAUAUAUAAGGUGAAGUUUUCUUUGACAAUAAGUUAAAAAUACCAAUUUUUUUGAUAAUGAUAUAAGCAUUUAAGCAAAUUAUGCAUUUAGUUUAGUUCAAUGUUUGAUAUGUUUCAUCAAAAGUUGAUAAUCGACAAUAUGAGCUUUACAAGGCAAAAGAAUAUCAUAAUAAUAAAGUCCCAGUUAUGAUGACAACAUGAACAUGUACUGCCAA